CUUUUAUCGUGCAGUUCGCUACCUCCACCACAACCCCCGACAACUCCCAAUGGCAACCCCGAUCCCCUCAAUGAGCGCAUUGCGUGCGCUGCGUCAAUCGAUACACCCUCAGAUACAGCAGACGAGCCAAGUACGACACGCGACACUCCUCCGCCGGCCGAAGCGACCCUACACCUUUACACAACUCAUAACACUAUCAGAUGGGAGCUCAUUCACACUGCGCACCACCAAUCCGCAGCCCGUAUAUAAGAGCGCAAAGGAUAUAAGAAACUCACCGUUGUGGAAUCCAAGCUCGCAGAAGCUGCUCAACGUUGAGGAGGAUGAGGCAGGGAAGCUCGCAGCUUUCAGAUCAAAGUUUGGUAGAGGGUGGGACGCAGAUGCUGAAAAGGGCAAGAAGACCGAGGACCAUCUUCUGGACCUUAUAAGCGGACAGGGCAAAAUGCAGGCAAAACAGAACGAUGCGAAGAAAGCGACCGCUAAAGCACCCGCUACACCGCCGGCGAAACCAGAGGCCAAUAAAUGAAAGGAGAUUGUGUGAUAAAGGACUCUGCAUUUGGAAGCGCAGUUGUACAGAAUGUGCCAGUAAUGUACUAUACGUUAUAGGGAUAUUGAAGGGUCAUAUACAGCAGGAUAUGAGAUAUUGCUGAUCAACUGGACCCUCUACAUCUUCAGGGCAGCUUCCGAAAUCAUCGAUUCCUAUACACGUGCCUUCAUCCCCAAUGUCAAACGUUGAGAAUGUUCACGCACAGUCUAAACAUUGACUAUACAGGUCUUUGGAACUCUUUGCACUGCUCGCUAUUCAGGCAUAUUCCACGCAAUUUGUCUAGCAAACUGUGCAUAGAGACGGCAUAGAAAUGCUACCUCUCCUUCGUCUCCCUUUUCUGUUUUCACCUUUCUGAUCAC